UAUGGCUGCGAUCCAUUUUUGUGAUCUUAAUAUAAAAUGUCCUAGAUUCCAGUUAGCUCUUGCAACAAAACAAAACACAGCAUUCUUGAAAAACUUUUGAUCUUCUCUUAUUUCUUCUUUUUGUUGGAGAAAUGGGCAAUGAAAAACUGCCACUAUUUCUUCUAUCUGUCAUCCUAUGUCAACUUGGUUUCUCUUCAUCUUUGCCUUAUUUGUGCCCCAAAAAUCAAGCUAUUGCUCUUCUAGAAUUCAAGAAGAUGUUUACCAUCGACCCUUUUGCUUCUAGGUUUGGUGAAUGUAAAAGUAAUAAUCAAAAAACACUUUCGUGGAAUACGAGCACGGAUUGUUGCUUAUGGGAUGGAGUUAAUUGUGAUGAGAAAACGAGCCACGUGAUUGAGCUUGACCUCAGCUGCAGCCAACUUCAAGGCAAGUUCUCUUCAAACAGUAGCAUCUUCCAGCUUUCUACUCUCGAGAGGCUCGAUUUAUCUAUGAAUAAUUUCUCUGGAUCACAAAUUCCACCAAACUUUGGAGGGUUUAUGAGCUUGAGACAUCUUGAUCUAUCGAAUUCAGGAUUCACUGGUCAAAUACCUUCUGAAAUUUCUAAUCUUUCUAAGUUACGUUUUCUUCGGAUCAUCGACUACUCAGAUGGUUAUAGACUUGAACCACAUGAUUUUCAACAGCUUCUUACGAACUUGACCCAACUAAGAGAGCUUAUUCUUUACAGAGUGAGCAUCUCUUCCGUCAUUCCUCAAAAUUUUUCUUCUUAUUUGACAACUUUGCGGCUUCAGGACACACAAGUCCAUGGGAUAUUACCCGAAAGAGUUUUUCACCUUCAAAACAUGAGCUUCCUUGAUUUAUCACAAAAUUAUCAGCUCUUAGUUAGGUUUCCAAUGACCAAAUGGAAUGGUAGUGCAACUCUGAAGAAAUUAUAUCUCCAAGGUGUGAAUGUUACAAAGGUACCUGAACCAAUUAGUACCUUUUUUGGGCCUAUUCGGUUGUUCAACAAAAAUUGGACACAACUUGAAUCACUAGAUCUUUCAUCCAAUUCUCUAACAGGUCCAAUUCCUUCUGAUGUUAGUGGAUUUCAAAGCCUAAAAUUACUCUUGUUGUCGUCAAACAACUUGAAUGGGACGAUACCAUCCUGGAUAUCGUCCCUUCCAUCACUAAGUUACUUAGAUUUGAGCAAUAACCAUUUCACUGGCCAAAUUGAGGAGUUCAAAUCUGAAAAAUUGUUUUGGAUUGAUUUAGGAAAAAAUCACUUGGAAAGUCCUAUCCCAAAUUCACUCCUCAACCAGUCCAGCCUAAUGUUUCUUAACCUUUCGUCAAAUAAUUUUAGUGACAAUCUAAAGUUUAGCAUGUUUUCAAACUCGAGAAUACUUGGUACGCUUGAUCUUUCAUAUAAUAGUUUUUCAUGGACCAACGAGAAUCAAGACAUGUUUAACUUAUCCCAAAUUUCUUACUUUGAUUUGCGCUACAAUAUGCUUCAAGGGCCACUACCUAUUCCACCAAUUUCUGUCGAAUACUUCUUCAUAUCACAUAAUAAUCUAAGUGGACAGAUCUCUUCAACUAUUUGCAAUUUAGAUUUUCUACGAAUUCUGGAUUUGGCAAGUAAUAGUUUGAAAGGAGAAAUUCCGCCGUGUUUGGGCAACAUCAGCAGAGUUGAGGUUUUGGAUGUGCGCAACAAUAAUCUUAGCGGGACAAUUCAAACGAAUUUUAGUUUUGAAAGCCCACUCAGAAGUUUUAACUCACGUGGAAAUAAGUUAGAGGGGAAAAUCCCACGAUCCUUGAUCAAUUGCAAGCGAUUGGAAGUUCUUGAUUUGGGAAAUAAUGAGUUGAAUGACACAGUUCCAAUGUGGCUGGGAACUCUACCAAACUUGAUGGUUUUAAGCUUGCGAUCAAACAAGUUGCAUGGUCCCAUUAGAACCUCAAGGACUAAAACUUUGUUUCCUCAACUUCGAAUUAUAGAUCUGUCGUCCAAUGGAUUUAAUGGGGAUUUACCUGCAUAUCUAUUUGAGAACCUUCGAGGCAUGCAAAAAGAUGAUGGCGACAUGAAAACUCCAAGGUAUAUAGGAAGUAUGUACUACAAAGAUUCUAUAACAAUUGCAUCAAAAGGAAUGAGCCUGCAACUUAUUCGAAUUUUGUCUAUAUACACAACCAUUGAUCUCUCAAGCAAUAGGUUUGAAGGUAACAUUCCAAGCGUUAUAGGAGAUCUCAAUUCACUAAUCGUGUUGAACCUAUCUCAUAACAGUUUGGAAGGCAAUAUACCAACAUCACUUGGUAGUUUAUCAGUACUUGAGUCGUUGGAUCUCUCAUUUAACAAAUUUGGUGGAGAGAUACCAGUGCAACUAGCGUCUCUCACAUUUAUUGGAUUCUUAAGUCUUUCUCACAAUCAUCUCACUGGAUGCAUCCCUAGUGGAAGUCAAUUUGCUACAUUUCAAAGCAGCUCAUUCGAAGGGAAUGAUGGAUUACGAGGAUUUCCACUUUCAAAAGAUUGUGGUGAUACUCAAGUACCACAGGUAAUGACUCCAUCCGCACCAGAUGAUGAAGAAGAAGAUUCUGGCUUUGAAAUAAGUUGGGAAGCGAUUCUGAUGGGUUACGGUUGUGGACUCAUUGCUGGAUUUUCCAUAGUAUAUAUUAUGCUAUCAAUUCGAAAACCAACAUGGCUUUUCAGGAUGAUUGAAGAAUGGGGACAUAGAAUUGUAAUGAGAAAGAAAAAGAAAAUGGCCAGGCAUCUCAGGCUAGAGUAAGACUAAGAGUGUCAAAGCCAAAGUAACUUCAACUCUACACUGAUUCUUCUGGUAUAGUUUUACUAUUACUAUUUCAUUUGAUUUUUAUUCAUCCAUAUAUUACCAAAUUUUCUAUAAAGAACAA